UGUUCUGGAGAGCCAGAGCGUGACCGGUCGCAGGGCGCAGACGGCUCUUUGGACGGACGGUGGAGCGGACAGAAGCAAGAUGGUAAUAGCUAGGCAAGACGACCAAGGACGAAGUGCAAGAAGUUGAAGCGCAUUCCUAUUGAUAUUGAAGCAGCCGAUUAUAGGGGUCGGCCGAGUACUAUGCAAGCGUCGUUCUUCAUGUGACACCAUAGGGAGUGACCGUUGCGCUUCUGCAAGCAGCAUUCUCUCUGCAUGCUGUCUGAGGGCGCAACCUCGAUGAGCAGUCGAGAGCUUUCGAGGAUGAGAAGGAGCGUGACACAAAUUGAAGCUGGUGGGGCGGGGGCACUUCUUGCUUGAUUAUGGAGGCACGACCUCUACUGAGUGUGUUGAUGUCACCUCAGCUCUAACUUUGACUUUCUCUUAGCAGAGCGCGUUGUCAACCUCAGCAACACCUUCACCACUACCAUGUUGUACGGCGCCGCCCCAGGAGUUGUAGGUAACAGCGCCACCGCCGCACCCCCCGGCGCCUCCCAACCUCCCUCCCCACCACCACCUAAAUCACUCUUUAAGCUUUCCGUCGACAACGGGACACUUCUGGUCGUUUUUAUUCUGCCGCCAAUCGUGUUCUGCGCGUGUGUCUACCUCCUCGCCUUCCGACUCUACCACGAACUCCCGCAUGUCGCCGAUGUGAUCCUCUUUUGGUUCGUCUUUUUCUACCUCUGGCACCUCUCCUUCGUCGGGUACAAAUGGCGCAGAAACCGGCUCUUCAACGUGAAAUGGCACGCGGUGCUGUCGCUCGGCCUGACCUACCAAAUGUAAAAAUGUCUGGGUCUGGAAACUUGUGAUGCUGGGUGGCGUCUCAUGAUGAGGCUACAGAUGCUGGCUCAGCAUGACAAGUUUCUAAGCUCCUAGGUGUUGCCUAUUCUGCAUGACAAACUGCGCUUCUGCAUCACAGAAAAACGGAGCUCUUGGGUAACGUGCAUGACAGAUUUACGAGUCACGCCAGACAAGCAUGACAAACAUGAAUUCUUCCAGACCCAGACAUUUUUGCAUUUGAUAUGACCGCGGGGUUGAUCGGGGGUUACGCGGUUGGGAGGUCGCUGUAUUCGCUGUACGCAAAAGACUGGUACACCUACCAGGAUUUGGCGGAUUACGUUCUGAUCGACCCUGCAAACGCGCAAGGACAAAGCUACAUGGACGCUGGCGUGCUGUACUUUAAACAGGGAACGCGGGUAAGUGACAUGUUGCAGCUUGUUUUUGGAAUUUUCUUCGGUGAUUGACUACGACAGGUUGAUUACAGGUCCUGAAAAAACAGGAUUGAAAUGUCCAUGUGAGUCUGAAAUUGAAAUGACAAGGUGGAGCAUGAAGAAGAUGGCCAUGCCCGUGAAGUGGCCUUAGCACUUCAGUUCAUGACCGCAAGUGUCACUUACUUCUGUCAGGUAGCAACGGAAUCCGCGCGCGCAUUCCGAGAUACGAAGACGUAUUGCGUGGCUCCAAUAGUCGGGCAGCCUUUACAGGGCGAGGCCACGAGGUUAGUCUUGCCAAAUAGCGGCACCUUCGACUUCUGGGCAAUAGGGACGGACUGCUGUCAGCCGAGCGGCGAUCAAUUCAAAUGCGGCGAGGUGGACAACAAUGUGGCGAAGGCAGGUUGGAAUUCGAUUUGUUCGUCGUGGAUUUCGAUUUCAUGCAAUCAAAGUGUGUGUUUUCGAUCAAAGUCGUGUGUGUAUAUGUAAUACCGUCAGAACCAACACUAGUUAGUAGAGAGAAACUCAUAAUGCAACUACGUAAAUCUGUUCCUGUUGAGGUCUCCGGCUGAUAAAAGACGAGGACCGCGCCUUUUACCGGCUGGGCGUCGAGCAGUGGAGCAACGAGUUCGGGCUUCCGUCCAAGCACCCGCUCUUCUUUACGUGGGUCCAAGACCCGGUGUCGAAAAUCGACACGCUGUACACGCAACUUUCCUCCACGGGGUGGACGAGUUGCAUCACCUUCGUCUUCGCGUACCUGCUGAUAUUCGUCGCGGUCGCCGUGUUCGUACCGGAAGCGGAGAAAGACGUCCCCAUAGACUACGCGGCUUUGUCGCAGCAGAACCAAAAGCAACUCUUUGUGGGGGCGGAGGCAUGAUUGAAGGUGAUGUUCAAGAUAUUUGCGAUGAACAUGAUCAACAUCAGAUCAGGAUAGGAAGAACAGCAUAGCUGAAUAUGUUUGGCGCAUUGUUUUUUCCAAUUUCACCGGAAAUUGAAAAACUACAAAAUGAAAUAAACUGAGAGUCCUUUGCGCGGGC